AUGAACCUCAAUUGUCCCUUUCCAACUGCUAAGUAUUAAUUCAAAGGUGUUUAAUAAAGUUGAAACUUGGAAAAUGUUAAAAUUGUGGAUUAACGGAUUGAUUUUGGCAACAUAUACGUUUCGGGGCAUCUACGCACAAUGUAACUGUCCACGGAAUGUAACGAAACUCCAUGAGGAAUAUUGCAAGGCUGAUUUUGUUAUCAGAGUGAUUCCAUUGAAUCAGUUCCCCAAACAGGGUCUUAACAACCAGAGAUAUUACGUCAAGUUGCUGGAAGUGUUCAAGGGUCCUAAACAUCUUAUGGAGAAGGUUGGAAAAAGAACAAGUGUGUUCACUAAAGCAGAGUUAAACAGAUGUGGCGUUUACAUGGAAUUGGAUAUGAAGUAUUUAUUAAUGGGUUACUUCAAUAAGGUAGAUCGUAACCUUGGUAACAAGAAGAUGGUUCUACAUGCGUGUCAAGGGACCACAAACCUUUGGGAAAAUUUACUCUUCAAACACAGACAAAGACUGAGAAAAAAAUUCAAACUUAAUUGUUGAUAAAAAUACCUAUUUAACGAGAUUUCAAGUGAUGGACAAUACAUGCACUGCUUAUGCAGGCAAAACCAUUGGUGUGAAAGCUUUAACAACGUAAAUAUAUUUCAAUCAUUCAUUUUUCAUCGCAAUGUUGUUUUUGUUACCAGAUCAGUGAAUAACUGAAUUAUAAUAUUGGAAUCACGUCACAGUACUUAUAACCAUUGAGUAAUUUGAUUAAUUUUUAUAUGGCUUUAUGGUUCAGGUGAAAUACACCAUUUUAUAAUCCUUUAUUCAAGAGUGUUGCUGUCAUUUUUCAAAUAUGUGAAUUAUGGGAGACAACAAAGGUCCAUUUGCAGUAUGG